AUGGAGAUAAAUAAGAUACCGACGUUUGACUGCUACUCUGACCCGGCUACGUGCGGUCCACGCUGGAUGCGAUGGCUAACAGUGUUCGAACUGUAUGCUGAUGGGAAAGGUCUUAUCGUUAACGAAGAUACGGACAAUACUACGAAGCAAAGGAGAAGAGCAUUGUUACUUCACUCUGCCGGACUUGAUGUGCAGGACGUGUUUUCUACAUUACCAGCCACCGGAGGAGUCACGGACUAUGUUACAGCAGUGACGGCAUUGAACACUUAUUUCGUGCCCCAAGUAAAUUCAGCGUUUGCGAGACAGACAUUUCACCGGAUCACUCAGAAACCAGGUGAGACUGUGCAACAAUUUGUCACACGUUUGAGGAAGGCGGCGAGAGACUGUAAUUUUGGCAGCGAUAUUGAGAAUCAGAUCAGAGACAGUGUGCUGAGCAAGUGCUCGUCGGAUUACGUUAGGAGGAAGCUGCUGGAAGAAGGCCAGGCAUUGACAUUAGGCCGUGCCAUACAAGUGGCAGACCAGUGCGAGAUGGUGGAGGGCCAAAUGGCGGCACUUUCGACGGCAAAUAGCGGCGAAACUGUCAACAGAAUCGGUGAGAGGAGUGGACACUGGAAGCCACAACAACGGAGAGCAUGGAGUAAAUCCGAUAAUAAGACUGUUACUGUUAAUAGAGAUAAGGCUUGUUAUAGAUGCGGAUUAACUGGUCAUUUUGGGAGCGAUCCGAAAUGUCCAGCAAAAGGUCAGUCAUGUAGGAAGUGCAAAGGGAAAGAUCAUUUUGCUAAAGUGUGUAGGACAAAGUCUAGGUCGGGGGUAAAUUUAGUUAGUGAAAGUCCUAAUGACCCCUGUAAUUCAGAUUAUGCAUUCACUGUGUCUGGUUGUAAAUCAAGUAUGCUUACGACAUGUGUUGGUGGUGCGGAUUUAGCAAUGUUGGUGGAUUCAGGUGCGACCAGUAACAUCGUCGAUGAGGAAACCUGGGAGGAAUUAAAAUCUAGAAAGAUAAAGUGCAAGUCUGUGGCUAGUACUACAGUGAGGAAACUGUUCCCCUAUGGCUCUGAUAAACCAUUGCCAGUAAAGGGAAGGUUUGACUGUGUUAUUCAGGCCGGGGGAAAAGUCGCUGAAGCUGAGUUCCUGGUAAUUAAAGGGAAAGGUGUACCGUUGCUUGGUAGAGAUACGGCGACGAAGUUAGGUGUCCUGAAAAUUGGCAUUGAGAUUGCAGCACUAAGCGAUGUAGCCAGUGAUAUCCAACGACUGUAUCCGGAUGUGUUCCACGGUGUUGGAAAAUUGAAAACUAGGCAAGUAAUUAUCCACAUUGAUCACACUGUACCGCCAGUAGCACAACCCUUGAGGCGAACCCCAUUCAAUUUGAGGGAUAAGGUAGAUGGAAAGAUAAAAGAAUUACUGGAUCUAGACAUCAUUGAACCAGUCGAUGGUCCCACACCUUGGGUAAAUCCAGUCGUAGUCGUCCCGAAAGCGGCAGGUGACAUAAGGCUGUGUCUUGAUAUGCGUAGAGCAAAUGAGGCAGUUAUUCGUGGCAGAUACCCCAUACCCACCGUGGAUAAACUGCUGCAAAAUAUGAAUGGGUCAAAAGUGUUCAGCAGAUUAGAUUUAAAGUGGGGUUAUCACCAGUUGGAGCUGUCUCCAGAGUGUUGCGAAAUCACCACAUUCGCCACUCAUUCAGGGCUGUAUCGCUAUAAAAGAUGA